GGACGGAUCUCCUCUAGACUUCACCAACUGGAAUGCUGGGGAGCCGAGUGGGGGAGAUGAGAUGUGCGUGGAGAUGAUGCACUGGGAGGGCAAUCCAGCACAUGGCAAAUGGAACGACAUUCUCUGCAACGAGACGCGAUCGUUUGUCUGCAAGAUUGAUCUCGAAUACGAAUGCUCGAGUUUAGGCGUCUGCACAUGGGAUGGACGUUCUUGUGACCUGCAAGAUGGCUCGGAUUUCGUCAUCGGUGGAGCCCGAGAGGAAACUGAACUCGGGUAUCGAUAUCCACUUCGGAGAUCCAUCCAAACAAACAUGUUCUCAGAAGGGAUUCAAAAUGCUUACUUUGAGGUCUUUCAAUAUUCCAACACUCAUCUCCGAUUCAAGAUUUACGACGCGGAUUCAGAGAGAUUCGAAGUGCCGGUAGAAUGGAACUACGUUGAGUAUUCUCCGAACCAACCCCAGUACAAUUUGAUUCUCGACAGUGAAAGUAUCGGAUCUCCCUUCGGAUUCCGGAUCGAAAGAGUAGACCGAAAGAGUGGAUCGAAAGAUGACGGCACAGUAAUAUGGGACACCUCGGUGGGUCGUGUGAUCUUCGAGGACCAGUUCCUGCAGAUCUCCACCCUCCUCCCGUCCGAAGACGUGUAUGGAUUCGGAGAGAACACGCACGAGACCUUCCUUCAUGAUUUCUCGGCUGCUCUCACUUUCGUCCUGUCUGCCAAGGAUGAACCUCCUACCGGGGGAACUAAAAAUCUGUAUGGAGUCCAUCCCUUCUAUCACUGCAUGGAAGGUACAGAGGGGAAAACUCACGGAGUCUUUUUCGUCAACAGCAAUCCCAUGGAGUAUGAACUGCGUCGAACGAGUGGUGAGAACCCAUCUUUGACCCUUCGUUCCAUCGGUGGCAUUUUUGACUUCCACCUCUUCAUGGGACCAGGCUACGAUUCCAUCACUAAGGAGUACACCGAAGAUCCAGCUAUAGUGGCGGACUUCACGGAAAACUAUCCACCGGCGUUACACGGAUUCGAUGCGGACGUGUUCAUGAAAUGGGCCAACGAAUCCUUGGUCCCAGAUGACCAGGAACCGAAUGCACGGAAUUACAUGUUGGGAUACGUGUGGCCUCCUGAGAAAACCGUCUUCCCAGACUUCUUCAAGCUUGCUACAGCAGACUGAGCGACGAGGGAGGCGACGGGUACUAGAAGCAUUGUCAUCUCCAGGUCGACGUACCCGGGCAGUGGUCAAUGGGUGGGUCAUUGGUCUGGGGAUAAUUCUGCAAUAUGGGAAGACAUCCAUCGUUCCAUCAUCAGUACGUCUCAUUUCAUUGUCAAUAUACCAAACCAACUUGAUUCUGAUGAAGAAAAAGCCUCCUCUACGGAUGGGAUGAACAGGGACAUGCUCGAGUUCAACAUGUUCGGGAUACCAUAUAGCGGAUCUGACAUUUGCGGCUACUUUAAUCUUCCAUCCGAGAAUAUGUGUCUGAGAUGGAUGCAGAUAGGCGCCUUCUAUCCGUUCUCUCGUAACCACAAUGGAAAUUUCAGCGGGGAACAAGAUCCAGGCCUCUGGGACAAAGUUGCCAAGGCGUCUCGUCUGGCUCUAAGCAUCCGAUAUUGGUUCCUACCAUAUCUCUAUACCCUGUUCUAUGAGGCCCACAGAGAUGGUUCCACCGUGGUGAGGCCCUUGUUGGCCGAGUUUCCCACUGACCUCGUGGCGAGGGGAGUCGACGACCAGUUCCUCUGGGGAUCAAACCUCCUCAUAUCCCCCGUGAUCACCGAUACACCUUUGAAGUCUCGUAAUGCUCAUUUCCCUGCGGCUCGUUGGUAUAAUUACUAUACUCGAGCUAUGGAAUUCGAGGGACCAAUCACUACGAACUUAAACGUCCCAUUGAUGGAUAUCCCAGUUCAUAUGAAAGGAGGAGGAAUUUUCCCCAUGCAAGAACCAAAUGUCACAACCAUGCUCAGCCGACAGAAUCCGAUGAAACUUCUGGUCGCCCUGUCCUCGAGCGGAGACGCAAUGGGUUCCUUCUACUGGGAUGACGGAGACUCCUUCGAACCAGAGGGCCUCUACGCAAAAAUGAACUUCGCUCAGGGGAGAUUGGAGUACGUUGUGGAAACGGACGGUGGUGCGCCCGACGCGACGAUGAACGAGAUCGAGGUCCUCGGUGUGUCUCAGAGGCCGACCUCGGUGAUCUUGAACGAUUCGGAGGACCUGGUGUUCGAGUACUACGAGAAUAUCGAGCAGCUCCUCAUUACUCUUGAUGUCAGCAUCAAAUCUUCCUUCACCGUCAGCAUUUCAUGA